GUUGGGAAGAGGUUUCUGCAUUCUCUGGGAAAGCGGAAGAAGGCCAGCGGUCCCCCUCUUAAUUCUUCCACGCAGAGACUGUGAUGAGCGGCGAGCAUCCAAUUCACAUAAGCAGCAAAUAUGAGCUGGAGUGCGCAAAAGGGAUCUGUCAUAUUUGUCAUCUUGCUCUUCGGCGUACAAGUUGUCCAAGGAUUGGCGACGAUUGACUGGGGAGGCUAUUAUGAUCAGACCACCAUCUGUGGCCAGACAGGAACCACAGUGGCGUUCCAUUGCUCCUUCUGGUACCCGCGAACAACAAAAGGCCAAAACACGACGUUGUCAAGAGGUUCUGGUUCACCAAAGGUUCCAAUUACAACCCUGAAGAUCUGACCUUGGAUCCUGAGUACUCUGGUCGUCUGCACUUUGACUGUCAAGGUGACCGGUGCCAUUUGUCAAUCAGAGAGCUGAGAGAAAGCGACGCGGGCGUGUACAAAUUCAGAUUCGUAACAAACCACGAGAUGGAAGGAAGCUACACUGUCAUGCCUGGAGUCAAUCUGACUGUCAAUGAUCUCAGAAUACAAGUGAAAGACUAUUGGACCAAGUCUCUGACUUGUGUCACCAAGUGCUCGCUGGGGUCUUCUCCUUCAUACAACUGGUAUGAGAAUGGAGAGGAAAUCCAAAAUGCAAACUCCCAGGAUUACAAACCACCACAUAACUCCAAGCACAGCUACUCCUGUGCUGUAAGAGGACACCAGCACCUUUUGUCUCCUCAAGUGUGUGUGGUCAAGAAAUGUAGCACGGUGGUUUACAACAACAGAAACAUCUGCGCCCUCAAAGGCUCGUCAGUGGACAUUACUUGCGCUUACAGCCACACCUAUGACAUCAACACAAAAUUCUGGUUCAGAGCAGAUCCUAGUUACAUGCGGAUAAAUCCCUCUCCACCUCGGAACCUCCAGUUGGAUGACCGUGAUCGUGUUGAGUACCCUCCAGUAUCGUAUGGACGAUCGACUCUGAGAAUCAAAAACGUGAUGGAGAGUGAUUCUGCUGAGUAUCGCUUCAAAUUCACCACAUUUAAUUUUGAAUGGAGAAGUAGUUUACCUGGAACGUCUUUGACAGUCGCAGAUGUGCAGUUGCAGGUGAUGGACGUCAAAGUGGAAGAUUCUUAUGUGUUCGCCUGGCUGUCGUGUCACAUGAGCUGCAGUCCGACGGCUCCUUUGUCUUUGUGCUGGAUGCAGAAUGGAAUGUAUCCAGUUGACUGCCCAACUGCCCAGAUGAACAAACACCUCAAAAUCAAAUUAUAUCCUGGAGAAUACGUCACAUGUGCUGUGCAAGGAUAUCCACUCACCAUCUCCACUCCCCUGUAUGCUCUGAAAGCCCCCUUGAUAUGGCCGAGUGAUCCAGAUGAGAUCCUGGAGCGUCAUUCACUGACUCUGACCUGCAGAACUGACACCCAAACAUCAUAUAGACAACAUUGGUACAAGAAGAUAAAGCCUUCAGGCCAUCAAGCUGUGGGAGAGGGACCAGAGCUGGUCUUCACCUCCAUCCAGUCUUCCGACUCAGCAGAAUAUUUUUGUACUGUGGAGAACGAGCUGGGGAGUAAGACAUCGCAAUCUGUCAUGAUUGAUGUGAAAUAUGCUCCAAAGUCUUCCUUUUUGGUCGUGAGUCCAUCACAAGACAUCCAGGCGGGCCAGUCACUGAGUCUGACCUGCAGCUGUGACGCUAACCCAGCUGCUAACUACACCUGGUACAAAGACAACCAAAUUGUGCUCCACGGAGCAGAAAGGAAUUACAGUUUCAUCUCCAUCCAAUCAGAAGAUGCGGGAACCUUCUACUGCAAGGCCCAGAAUAAAUAUGGAAAUGUCAACUCUGUACAGGUGUUCAUAAAUGUUCAGUACGGUCCUCGGCAUGCGAAUGUCUCUGCGAUACCCUCCAGUUCCAUCAGCGUGGGUUCCUCGGUCAGUUUGACGUGUAGCAGUGACGCUAACCCCAACGCUAGCUACAUUUGGUACAAGGACAACGAAGAGUCUCCCAAAUUCGCAGGGGCCGUCUUCAACAUCAGCGACAACCGACAGCACCACGGCGGCGAGUAUCGCUGUGAGGCCCGGAACGCCUUGGGGAGCCUCAACGCCACGCUCUGGCUUCAAGUCAAGGCUAGUCCACUGGAGGCGGCAACUAUAGGUUGCGUCACGGCAGCCGUGCUUCUCAUCCUGCUUCUCGUUGCCGUCCUCAUGCUCAGGAAAAAGAUGGCGUCAAAACACACAACACAGUUCAAAGCUCAGCCUAAGACGACUGCAGAGAGUCACAGGGAUCAUCAGGAGGAGCUGGUCUACUCCAUGGUGGCUUUUUCCAAACACGCUCCCACCUAUGCCAACGUUGCCAACGCGAAUCGGGACCAGGACGACGGUGUGGAGUACAGCGCAGUCGGUUGCAGCGACAGCAGAGUCUCGAGGCCAAAGCUUCAAGAGGAACCCGACGUGUCCACACUGUACAGCACGGUGCAGAAAAAAAGCAUCUGAACUCAUCGUGGGACAGCCAAAACAUUGGGCUAAUUUUUUUUUCUUGUUAAUUCGUUAAUAAAUUGUUAUAUUAAACUCUUUAUACAGUCUUCCAUAUAGAAAUGCUGAAAAAAAAAUUAUGGAAAAAACUUUUUACAUUCCCCAUAUGUUUAUGAUCAUUUAAAUGCAGAUUUUAAUUUCAAACGACUGUCUAGUUUAAAGUGGGGGGAAAGAUUAUAUAUCAUAUUAGUGCCUUUUUAAAAAAAAUGUAAAAACAUUUUCAAGAGCUUACAUUAUUUUUACAUUUGAAUGGCUGUUUAAAAUGUUUAUUUUUUUUAAUGUUUUAAUGUGAACCGUGAUCAGGUAUGAAAGUUAAUGUUAAAAACAUAUGCUAUAAAAUGAAUAAAGGUCCUUGGCAUGGCGUCAGUUUGA